AAAGAGGUGUGCGUGGGGCCGCUAUGCUUUGCACCGCUCCUUCCACCCUCAGCUAAGAUAAGCACCCUGCUUUGAGUGAAGCCCCCUUGAAAAAAACAAUAAUAAUAAUUCUGCAACUUUGCACUGCACCGUGACUGCUUUGUUGUUGUUGCCGUCAUUAUCAUAUAACAGUGUAUCUCAGUCUAUAUCUGUUUCUUUGACAGUGGCAGUUAUUAUUUUUAAACAGCUGUCAAACAUGCUCAGCAUUUGGAAGGAGCUGAACCGCUUCGGUUCACAGCCGUGUCACUGAACCUCUUUGCAAAUGUUUCCUCCCCGCUUCCAAAAUUGCAUUUUUGGGAGAUGUAGUGAAACCAAUCAAGGAAUAACUGAUGGCUUGUUUGUUUUUUAAAGGAAGAAAAGUCUUGGAUCUCUUUAUUUUACACAAGAGGGGGAGAAAGCAACAUUUGAUGCAUCUGCUCAUAUGUCACUUUUGAUUAUGCACUGCAUGUAGAACAACGCAAGAUCUGGGAGGAUGACGGAGAUCUAAUAAGUUAUUAGUUGAGUGGGGGGGGGGAGUGUUUCAGAAACCCAAGGAUUUAAAGUCUCGAUUGAAGUGACAAUUUUUUGGUGUGUGUGUUACAUUGAAGGCAUUGCUCGGUGGACUUGAGCUGAGUGGGUUUUCUCCCCCCUCUUGCAUCAUUAGGUUUUUCAAGGAAGCAGCUAUGAAGAGGAAACUGAUGUCCUACAUGAUGCAGUUGGUUCUUCUCGUUUUCUUGGUUUGUUUGUCUGCAAGAUCAGCACUGGCUGACCCCAAUGAAGAUGAAGCUACAAAAAACAUCACAAUUUUUACAAGAAUUCUAGACAGACUUCUGGAUGGCUAUGAUAAUCGUCUGAGACCUGGAUUAGGAGACAGUACAACUGAAGUCUUCACAAACAUCUAUGUGACCAGUUUUGGACCAGUUUCAGAUACAGACAUGGAAUACACUAUAGAUGUUUUCUUCCGCCAAAAAUGGAAAGAUGAAAGGUUAAAGUUUAAGGGUCCAAUGAAUAUUCUUCGACUGAACAAUUUAAUGGCCAGCAAAAUCUGGACUCCAGAUACAUUUUUUCACAAUGGAAAGAAGUCGGUAGCUCAUAACAUGACAAUGCCAAACAAGCUACUACGAAUCCAAGAUGAUGGGACUCUUUUGUAUACCAUGAGGCUUACAGUCCAGGCUGAAUGUCCAAUGCACUUAGAAGACUUCCCUAUGGAUGCUCAUUCGUGCCCUUUGAAAUUUGGCAGCUAUGCAUAUACAUCUUCAGAAGUAACCUACAAAUGGACUUUCAAUGCAUCUAAUUCUGUAGAAGUGGCUGAAGAUGGUUCAAGAUUAAAUCAGUAUGACCUUUUAGGUCAAACAAUUGGACAGGAAACAGCUAAAUCAAGUACAGGUGAAUACACAGUAAUGACAGCUCAUUUUCAUUUGAAGAGGAAGAUUGGUUAUUUUGUGAUUCAGACCUACCUCCCCUGCAUCAUGACUGUCAUUUUGUCCCAGGUAUCAUUCUGGCUGAACAGAGAAUCCGUCCCUGCAAGGACAGUCUUUGGAGUAACUACGGUACUAACAAUGACAACUUUAAGCAUCAGUGCUCGAAAUUCUUUGCCCAAAGUAGCCUAUGCCACAGCCAUGGACUGGUUUAUUGCUGUUUGUUAUGCAUUUGUAUUCUCUGCCUUGAUAGAAUUUGCCACUGUAAAUUACUUCACAAAAAGAGGAUGGGCGUGGGAUGGGAAAAGCGUAGUCAAUGAUAAGAAAAAAGAAAAAGCAUCUGUCAUUAAGAAAAACAAUGCCUAUGCAGUGGCGGUCGCCAAUUAUGCACCAAAUAUCACCAAGGACUCAGUUCUCCCAACAAUCUCCAAGAGUGCUACCACCACUUCAGAACCCAACAAGGCAAAGCCAGAAGCCAAACCACAAGAAGCAAAGAAAACCUUCAACAGUGUUAGUAAAAUUGACAGGAUGUCCAGAAUAGUCUUUCCAGUUUUAUUUGGUUCUUUCAACUUAGUGUACUGGGCAACAUAUCUAAACAGGGAGCCAGUUUUACUUGGGUUUGCUCCAGCACACUAAAACCUUAAUUUUAUGUCAAGGAUGUAUAACAUAAUCAGAUUGUUUUCCUAUGUACAGUACGACUAAUAACUGCUAAUCUGUGAACCAAUAUGUACAGAAUGUAUAUAGGUUAUCAUGUCCAUUUAUCUCCAAAGGAGGUGCACAGAGUUUAUUAAUGGGAUCUGUAAACAGAUGGCAUUCAUGGCAAAUAUAGUCUGCUCUCCUGUCCAUGUGAGUUCUCCUUCUAAACUGAGAUUCGAAUAUGCUGAAUUAUAUCCAUACAACCGUAUAUGGUCCUACAUAACUAUUUAAUAACACUAUUUUUUUAAUUUAAAGUUUAAAAUAUUUUUCUAUAAAAAAACUGAUUCUACUUUAAUGCAAAGAAGCUAUCAUUUAAAAGAGGGAUUUUUUUAAAGAAGUAAUCUUAAUAAUUUCUUACAGUAGCAAUGCCCAUGUAAAUAUAAUAGAUGUGUGGUAAGCUCAAGUAUUCUCUUAUUCGCAACCAGUAUGAAUGCUUGUUAUGUUUAAAAGCUAUUGGGAUGUCAGGUUUAGUCAUUUCCUACUUUUAGUCAAGGUUUGAAGUUGCUGAUUAAUGACUAGUUCUAUACUGCUGUUGUUGGUGUUCUCCUGCUGGAACAAAAGGCCUGGGUUUGAGGGUCCUUCUGCCAGUGCCAGGAAAUAGCAGGUUCCACACUGGUCUAAGUGCCAGCACAGCCAAGCCAAUUACUGUUGCUCCAGCAAAAGCUCUUUUCUUUUUGUUCAGUGCACAAGUCUUAUACAUACUUGUGCAAUGCCAAUGGGGCAGGGAGCAAGGGAAUUUGGGCUAACCAACCACACCUCACUGCAGUCCAUAACAUCCAUAACAUCAAUAUUUUAACAUAUGGUACAUAAGUGUCUGUGCCCGUACCAAUAAAUAUUGAUUGAUUGAUUGAUUGAUUGAUUGAUUGAUUCAGAGUAAACAACAUACAACUCCUUCCAGCCCUUCUUGAUUAUUGAUUAACAAUAUCAAUUCAGUCCUUUAAAAGAAAAAGUCCUUCCCUGUAUCAAAUGCCCAACAAGUUUUCUCAAGGAUAAUUUAAAAUCUGCAAAGUACAACUUGUACAAACAUUUAAAAACUAGCAGUCCUGAUUAAUAAUAAAGACCUUAUGCAUCAUAUACUUGGUAUAUUGAAGAGGUACAGAUAGCCUCACAUGAAAUACCCCACCCCACCCCCAAAUAUGUGGCAGUCUAAAGGCUAUUUUGGCCCUGAAAAAUUUCAGAUUGGUACACAGAAAAAGGGGUGUUUGUCAGGCAAGUGUGACAGAACUAUUCAGGUAGGAUGUCUCUUUUUUUGCUGCAGUCCAUGAAUCGGUGGAAUUUCUUUCUAAAUCAGUGUUCAGGAUCACGGGUGUAAAUAGUAAGAACAGUUAGAGAAAAGUCAGGGUUUUUUUCUUCUUCAAUUGAUCAAUAUGCAGCAGGGAAAAUUUCUUCAAGUGUUACAUAUUUUGAAUUUUUCAAAUGAACAGUCUUAGGGCUAGUUCACACAUGCAUGUUCAUCUUUACACUUCAUUACAGUGUACUUGACAUCUUGCAGCUGAAUGUACAAACAGACUCCAAUGGAGAGCAUGUGCUUGGAUCCAAAGAUGCCCUUUCACAUUUGGAAGGUGUCUUCCACUCACAGAAAGACUGUUUUGUACUUUAUACUAGAAUAUAACGUGAGAAAAGUGAAACUGAAUCCAAUAAUGUUCUUCCAUUUGCACAACCUUUUGUGCAAGUGCUUGCACAGGUGGAAACACAAAAGCUGCUAUAGAAUCUGCCUGUUAUAGAACUGCCCAAACUGUUCUGCUCACAGUUCUUUGGAUCCAAUCCAUUGUUCUAGCUGUGGUGUUAUAUCUGUGAUAGUUCGUUCACACCUGCAUGUCAUACAUUCAUAAUGUGCUGAACAAGCACUCUAGAGCUCAUUCACAAAACAUUAUUUUCAGACAUGGGGAGACUUCUCUGGAAAAUGGUCCUCAGUAUAAAACAGGCAGCUUCAUAUGUUUCACUGUUUCCAAAUGAAGGGUUCAUAUGCACAAUUUGCUUCACAAAAUCCCAUGAACAACAACAUUCCAGAUUCCUAGUUGUGGGUUUACAAAAUUAUGUUAGAGUAAAUUACAUACAGCAGUUAUUCACAAGGCUAUUUUCAGUCUUGUGAGUUGACACUUUUAUAACUUUAAAAAAGCCAAAUAUCUAGGGCAAACAUUCAGAUAUUAUUCAGGAGUAUGUAUAUUAGAGAUCUAAGCAGGGGUGUUCCAAGACGUUCUGUUGCUUGAGGAAAAGGACAACAUAACAAUAUAAUAUAACAUCUGCAGGUUAUAUUCAGCAUUCUCAGGCUGUGCUACCAAGUCAGUAGUAGCAACAUGCAAGUGCACUCAGACCAUGCCAGCAAGCCAGACAGUUGUGGCAGGAGUGUUCCGCUCAGGCUGAGGGUGGAGAAGUGAACCCCAAAGAGGCAAGGAGGGGGGAAAGAGCAGUGUGCCUCAUUGGGGUGAGAAAGGGUGGCAACAGUGGAUGGUGCUUGUGGUGGUAGAUGGCCGCCACUUGCCUCUGGCACCUCUCUCCAUGCCUGAGGUAACCGCCUCAACCUGCCUCAUGGAAGGGCCACCCUUGACUGUAAGAUUUCUGUAUACAGAUGUUCCAAAUUACAGUUCCAAUGAAAUAUGCCUUAAAAGGCUUCCUUCAUACUGUUUGUUUGCCCAUAGCAGUCACUGGAAACAGUGCUUUUGAUUUCAUUUCCACGCAGUUGUCCUCAUGGUUGAGGAUUAGUGCUGCUUUUGUAAAUGGCAACUUUACAUAAAUUGCUGGCAUAAAUUUACAACUUUAUAUAUUAGUAAGGGUUUUGCUAAGAGGUGGCUGUUUUUUUAAAAAAUAAUAAACUUCAGUGAUCAGUAUUUAAAUAAAAAUGGAAACAAAAUUGGAACCGCUAUUUGCAACUUUUGUAUAAUAUUUAAUACUGAUCAAUUAACUAUUUCUCAUGGAACCUUGCAAAAUUGCUUAUACCCCUGAAGGCCCUGUAAAUCAUAAUGCCACAAAUAAUUGUGUACUGUAUUUAGAUUUUCAUAAUAUAUUUGGCCAAUCAAAAGUAUUUUGAUUCACAUACAUAUUAGCAGUUAUUAGUUGACCUUUUAAAAUGGAGAUACACCUUUAUGAUGGUGUCUUUAUAGUAGAAACAUAUGUAGUCGUAUAGUGUCAUUUAUUGCAGUUUUGUACAGUACUUGAGUAUAGUGCAUAAACUAGAUAUUGCAAAGUUUAACACUGUAUAAAUAUUUCUAAAACAAAUUUAAAAUUACAUUAAGAUGUGGAAACACAUACUAAAUCAAACAAAUCUUUCAGUUGCUUCUUUAUUUUUCUGUGUUUUCUUUAUUUUAAUUAAAAUGUGAUUUAGGUCUUUGCUUUGCAUGACAAGUACUGAUGGCAAGGUCACAAAUGCAUUUUAUUGGUUACAACAUACAGGUAAAACAGUUCUUCUGAUGUUAAAUCAAGUAAGGUAUUUCAUACAAUUGGAAAAGGCUGGAAGGAUGAAACAUUACUAUCCCGUGAUGUAUUCCUUUACUCCCCUUUAAUAAUUUUAUCCUUGUUCGUAAACAGUAGUUGAAAAAUUAGCACUUUAUUUCAAACAUUAAUAUAGAAAAUCCUUAUUUUCAUAUCUAUUUAUAUAUAAUAUAUAGAUCUUCUGUAUAAUACAGAAAAAUGUGCAAUAGUGUGAAAAAGCUGUAUAAGGUUUGAAGGUGAGCAAUAAAAAAAAGUUCUACAUGGCAUAGUUAUACAUAUCUAAAAAUGUUUUAUUUGUAAAUUAUAAAUUUACCCUUUAAUGCUACACUGUCCAGGUGCAAAUAAAAUAUAUAAAUAAUAUGUACAUAUGUAAAGCACUUGUAAAUACCAACAAUGUAGAAAGUUUUAUUCAAUUUUAUCUUUGUUUUUGGCAAAGGGCUCUGACAGCAUAGUUUUAAUGCAGGGCCCAUCUGAUUGGCUCUGAUUUGUCCUGCUCAGGCAUUACACUCUGGGGAGAUUUCUCAACUUGAUACUGAUAUGCCCUGGUCUUUGGUAUGUGCAUUCCCAUUGCCACCCCUCAUGGGGAGAAAACAACUCAUAUUUAAUUGGUGAGGAAGAACUCCUCUAUCUACCCACGUUUAAAACCCUUAUGCUUUCCUGGAACCAGUGAGGUGAUACAGGAGAUACCGUAUUCAAUUGAUGUGAUGCAAACCAAAUCAUUUGUUGCUUAACCCUCACUGUGAUGGGUAGCUGAGUGCCAGAGGCAAAUAAUGGGUUUGAGAGAUUUCCCAGGAAUGUCAUUCUUGAACUUUUGCUGCUGGUUUGCAUGGCUCUUUACUGCAAACUGCUAUGGGCUCUCCACUCUCUUUAGCUGUGAUGAGAGUUGAGAGCUCUCCGCACUGCACAGGACUGGGCCAUUAAAUAAGGAGGCCGACCCCUGUGCACUACAUCCUAGAUGUUGAGAAAAGAGCUUUUGUGUUCUAGGCAGAUAGCUAAAUAGUUUAUCCCUUAAAAUUGUUUUUAAAUAAAUGUUUGUUGGGGAUGAAUGUAGAACACUAUUUGGUUAUUCAGUAGGGUGCAUGUUCUUAAGAACAGCAGACCCACAAAGAUGGCACAACUUGCACAAUCAAGCAAGUUGCUUCUCUUCUUCCUUCAGAUCAGUGUAAUAUAUAUGUGCAUACUUUAAUUCCUACACAUGGAUAACUGUGUUUUGUAAGCUCAACUUGCACAAACGGCCCUAUCCUGGCCUCACUUACAUUAUCAGGACUCUUGUGAAUAGGCACAAGCCAAAGCCAGAAAUAUUGACUUAGAAACAACCAUUUAGUACAUUCUGUCAUUCAUUUAGACUUGUGUAACAUUUAGACUAUAACCCUAUGCACACUUACCUGGAAGUAAGUCUCUUUGGACAAAAUGGAACUUAUUUCCAAGUGGACAGGCAUAUGAUCAGGCUGCAUGUGUACAUUGCACAAACUAUAUUUCUAUUACAAGCAAGAACUUGCAGUAGUUUACAUGUAGAAUAAUAAUCAACAAAAAUGAUAUAUUCAUGGUAAAAGGGGGGGAAAUCAUCUCUUUGAUUAGAUCCACCCCAUUCCUUCUUAAACAAAUAUGGUGACAAUUGUUGGGUUUUUAGCAAAAGCAUACCUCAAAGAAAAAUUCUUGCCUCAACAUUGUACUUUUAUGCCCCGAUUCUAAAAGACAUGGGUAGCUGUAGUGCUGGCACAAAGACAACUGCAACUACCAAGUUACAGGUUGCCGUGUGCAAAGCCAGUUAUGUGAAUCCAUCCUUUCCUGAUGCCCAUGAACUGCAAUUGCAUUUUAACAAAUUAUUACUCAAUAUCAAGUGUGGACAGUUUAUUUGUUUGUUUGUUUGUUUGUUUGUUUAUUUGAUUGAUUGAUUUCUAUACCGCCCUUCCAAAAAUGGCUCAGGGCGGUUUACACAGAGAAAUAACAAAUAAAUAAGAUGCACUGAUAAUAUUGCUGGCACUGGUGUUUCUCUCACUGUGGAUGCUAAAUAUAUGUUAAAUAGUAGUUUUAGAGGUCAUAUUGUGAUAGUCAACCUGAAUACAGGAUGAUACUUAGCUGAUUUGUCCCUUGCUGUUUUCCCUUUGCACCAAUUUGCAUGCCAUAACAGCAGAAAUUGUGCCGUUAAGUUGGUAUCGACUCUUGGCAACCACAGAGCCCUGUGGUUGCCUUUGGUAGAAUACAGGAGGACUUUGCCACUGCCAUCUCCCGUGCAGUAUGAGAUGAUGCCUUUCAGCAUCUUCCUAUAUCACUGCUGCCCAAUAAAGGUGUUUCCCAUAGUCUGAGAAACAUACCAGCGGGGAUUCGAACCAGCAACCUCUGGCUUGCUAGACAAGUCAUUUCCCCACUGUGCAAUUUGGAA